AUGGGCUUUGAGAGUGUUGGUGCUCAUGAAAAUAAAAAACUAUACAGUAGUAUUAAGUGCUAUAUGAACAGUAAACGAUUGCAGAUAUUAUUCUGUGACUUUAUGAAUGGAACAGAACCGGUGCUAUUAGUUGGGGUGGAUAUAAUUAUAUUUGAUAUUGGAUUGUUUCAUUCCCUGUGGGGCAUUGAAAGUUGCGUGGCUCAACACUUAGAUGGCGGUUAUGGUCGUUGUGUGUGGUGCAUCUGUCACACUCUAGCUUUUCUCAUCUGCUUACCUUUUGCGUUCAUUUCACGGCCAAGACCGUACUACCUUUGGCCUCUUCUAAUUCAACAAAGUGCUUAUGGUGUUGGCUUGCUAAUACUGAGUUUAGCAGCUUUGCCACGAGUCCUUCCAACAUUUACCGGUGAUCAAAACAGUGCUUCUGUUCUUUCUGUAUUAAUUUAUGCUAUUGGUGUAUCACUCAAUUUUUUUUUGCUAUAUAUUUAUUGGCAUUGGUAUUGGCAUGUAGAAGCAAUGUGGGACUCAGCUCGAAAGUUACGUCCUGACCGUGUUAUCUUAUGCAGCAAAGAAAACAGUCGAAAGAAACCCUUUAAACACGUGAGCACAAUGGAUGUUUCUGCACAGCAGAAUUCAACCAGUAACCCAUCUGUACAAACUCAAUGUGUAAUUUCACGACCACUUCAUUUAGGAUUACGUGAAAAAACACAAAAGCAAACAACAAAAAAAUUAAAUAAAAUACAAAAAUCAUUGAAUGGUAAUAAUCAUAGUCUUCAGAGAUUAACAGGACAGUGUUAUCAAGAAGGCUGCAUGGAAAUCUUAUUGAAAGAUCAAAGAGAUAACAACGAUCCACAGCAAAUUUUUAAUCAAAAUCAAGUCAAAAAUAAUAGUAGUAAUAAUGAGAGGGAUUCUAAUGCUGUAUCUGCAAAUGGUUAUUUACCUUAUAACAUGUACGCACGACAUUCUUACUUUUCUUCAUCGUCCUCAUCAGAUUUUUCUCAAAUACGUAACAAGCGUCCUUCUUUGUAUAAAAUGAACGUUCCACGACAUUAUGAUACUCAACAAAUGCCUUUGACAGUACAAUCAUUAGAAGGAAAUUCUUGCAACAGACAACUCACACGUUAUUUUAGUGCCAAACAAUUCGUACUUGAUUAG